AGGGAAACAAUUAAAUUUAAAAUUUUGCUUGUCUCUUUAAAUUGGAAGAGACUAUUCGUACGUAAUCCGCGUACGAUUAGACUAAAAAAACUAUUCGUACGUAAAUAAUUAGAUUUAUAUUCUAACAUUGGAUGAAAAUUAAUAAGUUGAAAAUAUUAGCUCAGAGGUAAAACGAAGGGUUUGUUGAUAUAAUUUUGCGAGUUCGAAUCUUGUAUAUAAAAUUUUUCUUUUCAUUUCGAUUCUCCAAAAUUUCAUUUAAUUUUUUCUUUUUUCUCUAGUUUAAUCUAACUGUGUAGGUCAGAUAAAUUAAAUUUAUUUUUAAUUGUACCCUAAUUAAGUUAAUUAAAACUUAGUUACAAUUAAUAAAAAUUAAAUUAAAUUAGUUAGGAAUCGAUAGAAUCGGAUACAAACAUCUGAUAAUAUCGAUUCCAUCUGGCGUAUGAAUAGACUUUACCCUUUAAAUUGAUUAUCAAUUAUUGAUUUCAUGUGAAUUAUGUCAAUUAACAAACUACCAAACGAGUGUCUCUAUAUGAUUUUGGACCAUUUCAAUGGAUUCGAAGAGUUGAUCCGAUUGUCCAAAGUCUCUCCAAAAUGGUUCCUGGUCGUUUCACUGAAGUUAAGCAAAGUUAAAUAUCUUCAAUUGAUGGAUAGAUACAAAAGAGCUCAGGACUACAUUGAGCAUAACAAACUUUGGAAAAACACUACAGAAACUUUGAAAAGUCACAAUUUAAAUGAUUUAUUUCCGAAUCUGAAGAUUGUGGAAGUUCCGUUGCAUUUUUUUGUUUCUCUUGAAUCAUAUACUUUUAGAAGGUUGAUAAACGAACAUCCAAAAAUUAAAGGAUUGAUUGGACUUUAUGAACCUGUUGAGAACAAGUAUAACUUGGAAAAUAUCGAAAUGAUUUCAUCAGAUUUCAAAUUCGAAUUCAAAAAAGUCUUUCGACCUGCUCAGUUGAAACAAAUUUGCUUCAAAGGAAUAUUGCUCUUAUCUGAAUUUUCUCAAUACAUAAAAAAAUAUGAUGGUCCAAAUUUGUCCACUUUAAAGAUCCUUGAAUUUCCACCUGGUAAUCUUGGCACUGGAUUUCGUAUUAUGGAUUCCUGUCCGUGUUUAGAAAGCGCAUUCAUAUAUUCUGGUUACUUUCAGUCUAAUAUUAUUGACGAUUCAAUAAAAAAUUUCAAUCUAAGAGAUUUGGUUAUCGAACAUAUAAGUGACAAUGAAAAAUUCAUUUGA